UCAAUUGGUUUCCUGCGCAUUGGUCCAAGCAGACGAUUGUAUUUGAAAAAAAAGUAGUCCGAAAUGGCAGCGCGAAACAUGUGGAAGUCUUAUUUACUUUGGUGUGCAAAUGAACAUGUGUCAUUCAGAAUUCCUGAAGUUGAAUCGGUUUUAGCUAUGUACAAAAUUCCACAUACGUGGAUCGAGAAACCAGAAGAAAAUCCUUGGAUGCUGAUUUCUAUGCCAAGUGAAGAUUGUGCAGUGAAGCUUAUGAAAAGAUGUGUCACUGUCCGGUCCAUCAUCGAGCUAUGGGCACAAUCAACAACAAAAGAGCAUCUUGAUGACCAGUUAAAAACCUUGCCUGCAGAGUUCACAUCUUAUUUUAAGAAGGAAAAUAAAUUCAAAGUUGUGGUGGAUAUAUUUAAUAAAGUAAUAAGCCAAGAGGAAAAAAUCGAAAAAAUUGAGUCUUUCAGUUACCUGCCAAUUCUCGGAUCUGCCAAUUUGAAAAACCCUGACGUUACAUAUUAUUAUUACGAAUUCUUUGGGCUGGACGCUGGACGUAUUCCUGAGAAUCCUUUUAAUUACUUUUUUGGCCGAUGGAUUUCCGAUAGUGAACGAACAGCAGUAGCCAAAUACUCCCUCAAAACUCGGCACUUUAUUGGCAACACAAGCAUGGAUCCUCAACUGUCCAUGAUUAUGGCAAACCUCGCGCAAAUUGACAAUGGCCAUAUAGUUGUUGACCCGUUUGUUGGAACAGGUUCUCUUCUGGUAGCAGCAGCUCAUUUUGGUGGUUAUGUUUGCGGAACGGAUAUAGAUUACCUCACUAUUCACGGAAGAAUGAAACCAACUAGAGCUCACCAAAAGAAACGCCAGCCAAAUGAAGACAUCAAGGGAAACCUAAAGACUUAUAACCUUUUUUCACGCUAUUUGGAUGUCUUCGUGGGUGACGCAUCAACGCCCGUUUGGAGGUCGAAUUUCCGUUUCGACUCCAUCAUAACUGAUCCUCCUUAUGGAAUUCGUGAAUCAACCUAUAAAGUGGGUAGCAAGAAAAUCGCCCCUAUUCCGGAUGAGAUGCUGUCGACACAUUUUCCUUCUAAAACUCAGUACGGUUUAGGCGACAUCUAUAAAGAUCUUCUUAAUUUUGCCGCCAAUAGUCUCAAACUGCAUGGCCGACUGGUUUUUUGGAUUCCAAUCAUACGAAUGGAGUAUGAUCCAGACCUCCUACCUGAACAUCCUUGUUUGGAAACUAUAGCCAACAGUGAGCAGAUCCUAAAUUUGCAUUCCAGCCGUCGAUUAAUAACUAUGCAAAAGAUUAUGGAACCAAAGGAGGCUGAAGAUUCAGCAAUAAUCCACAACCUACAGUACACAUUUCGACACAAGUUCUUCAAUACCAGCGAAAUCAAAGGACAUGGAAAGGAAGACGAAAGUGCGCGAAAUCUAACGAAAAGAAGCAAACGGGGAAACGGAAUAGCAAAAUUGCCAUGUGAUAAGUAACCUAACAGUUUUUGAAUAUGCAAUACAAUACACAAGUGGCGUCAUCUUCUUGGGCAGUCUAACAUCGCCGACUUUGAUAGGCGAAAUGAAAUCACAGAAAAUGUUUUCGGCUUGAAAUUGUGGAGAACUAAGUUCUAAAAGGUUGGAAAUGAAAACUGAAAAGAUGUAACUAGAAAAGACAAGAGGCUACUGUUGAAACCUGUCAUCAACGACUCUACCGGCAUCGAAGACCAAAUAAACUUUGUCACAAUGGAGGCAGCACUCGCAGAAGAAAGAAUUUUUCUGUAUCUGUCGCUAACCGUACGAUUAUUCCGAGUUGCAUGCAUGUUCACUGUCUUGGCGUUCUGUAUGAGUCGAUCGAAAGUACACGUUAUUUACACACGUC